CUCCACCGAUCAGAGACCAGACCACGGGGUGGUGGGGAAGCUCUUGGGCUUGACUUGGAGAUCCGGAGGUGUUACCUGAGUGCGCGAGGGGUUUUCUGGACUUCACUCAGUGACAACCAAGGGGACCGCAGCUCUCUACUUUUGAUGGCUACUGUUGGUUUUACUGUCACUGCCAAGGAAAUUCUAUCCCAGCUGACUGAUUCAUUCAUUCAUCCGUCAAUAUGAUAUUGACUUUUUAAUUAAAAAUAGUUUAAGACUUCGUUCACCCUACUUGCAAGAGCAACGUCUUUGAACAAGAUCCAGGGAAUUUGAACUUGUGUGUCCUAAAGGCCAUCGAUACUCCUGAAAGGUUCCCACUACCCAUCUUCUCGAAAGUCAUCUGUGACUUUUCUGUGUUCCUUUUUCUGUGUGUUGGAUGUAAGACUGUAAACCCCACAAAAGUAGGGGUCAUCUUUGUCAAAGAACGUUUACUAAAACAAGAGACAUCUUGAUGGGGUAGACUGAAAGUCAGCCUCUCACUAUCUCUAGCCUGAUAGACCCUAGCAAACUGCUGAACCCUGAGCAAGUUGCUUAACCUUUGGUUGCUCUCCCUCCCAGAGAGUUCUCAAAAACUCCUUUAGUUACAGAUGAGUUGUCAGUUUGCAGCACUAAGAGGAGUUUCCAUACUGGGAGUCCUUCUACACAAGUAAAUUCAGAGGUCUGAAUUAAUAAUGCCUACUUUUCCUGAAAAUAACAGAAGAUAAUUUGGAAAGGUAAAGCCCCUGCUAAAUAAUUUUCCACAACUACUGUGUACGAAUGGAAAUUUAAUAAUGGGGGGUGGGGGGUUAUGAUAAUACUCCCUUCUGUAAUUUCUGUUCUGCAUUGAAAAGUUACUAUUGAGGAAUACCAGCUAUCCCCAUUACCUUUACCUUCCAUAUCUGGGAGUCGUCUUAAAAAUUUCUAAGAUGAUGAUUUUUUUAAAUUAUAAUUUCAUUGUCACACAUAAUAACUUCAUAGCCACACAAUUUACCCAUAUCUUGAAUAUAAAAUGAGAAAGCCAUAGGAACCUAUAGAAAAUAGAUGGGGUUCUGAAGGCAAGUAUGAUUAGCCAUUAUUUGGGAGUAAAGUAUCCUAAUAGUAACUCACAUUUGUAUAGUGCUUUAUAAGGAGAUAGGCAACAAGCAUUUAUUAAGUACCUCCUAUGUAGUAGGCACUGUUAUCUUCUUGGUGAGAUUUACAAAACCCUUUCUCUAUAACAACCUUGUGAGAUAGAUAGUACAAGUAUCAUUCUCAUUUCAAGAACUGGGAACUCGGGAAGGUUCAGAGAGCUGUAUGGCUACUAAGUUGCAAAGCCAAGAACAGUCUUCAUUUCUGAUACUUAACCUGUCCAUGUUUCCAUUUCUACAUAAAAACAUAAUUCUGGCUCUCUAUAGAAAGGAAUGAAAUAAUACAUGAUUCUCUGGGCUCCUUGAAGGAAAGUUCAUAAGAAUUUUAGUUAACAUUUAUUAAGUACCUAUAUUCAGAACAGUGUGCUAAACACUGGGGAUAUAAAAGCCAAAAAACCCAUCCCCUUCCCCAAGAGGUGUACAUUGUAUUGGAGAGGAUACAGUAUAUAGACAAGUAAUUAUAAUUAAUGAUAAAACAAGGAGGGAAGAAUAUAUUAACAACUAGGGAAAAUCAGAAAGAGCUUCAAGGAAUAGGCAGAACCUGAACUGACCUUUAAGGACAAGGACAAUAAGGACUGAAAAACAUAAAAAUAAGGUGAAUGCAUGUCAUAGGGUAAAUAGAAGUAGAAGAUAAAGUACCCAGUUUGGAAAUAGUUGGAACUUAAAUUUGUUAAAAUGAAGAGUAUGAAAUAAAAGUUUGGAACAGGAAAGGCCUUAAAUACAAGCUUGAGUUCAUAUUUUAUCUUCCAGACCAUGCAGUCAUGUGCAAUUGGUUUUAGAAGAGGAGAGACAUGAUCAGACCUGAAACCAAAGAUUUCCAUCAGAACCAAAAAUUCUCAUGGAAGGAACCUCACAUAUCUAGUUCAGUCUACUCAUUGUACGUAUGAAUUUGAGACCUGGAGAGAUCAAAUAAUUAAAGAAAGUGAGGCAGAAAUGUUCUUACUACUCCUGGCCAGUAGCAGCUGUGUGAUCCUAGAAAAGUAAUUUAACCUCUCUGGAUAUCAGUGUCAUUUGUAAAAUGAAGGAAUUUGACCAGAUAAUUUUCCAGUUCCCUUCUAAUUCUAAAAGUGUAUGCUUAUUCUAUCUAUAUGAGGGAUCAUUCUUGACAAAGUAUAACCAAAGAGGGCUGACCUGAUGUAACACAGUAUUAUGAAUGCUGAAGGACUGAUUCUCAAGAUAUCUUUAAAAAAAAAAAAGGAGAGGCUACUGAAAAUAAUUAUUCAAAAACCAAUAGCUGUGAACCUAUAUAUCUACAAAAACAUGAGAAUAAGAACACACAUGUUAAUGAAAUAGCAGAAAGGCUCUCACAUAUUAUGCUCUUUAACUGACCACAUCUUUAUAGUCAUACAAUUGACCCAAAAGAACAAAGAAUACAAGUUCCCACUGUGCUUGUGUAUUGAAUCCACAUCCAUUUAAUUUCAUAACGUAAAAUGCCGUCUUGAAGAAUCUUCUCCAACAAAGCAGCUCCAUUUUAAAAAAAAUCAAAGGACAUUCCUUGUAGGAUACAGCUGUGGAGAUAACCUUUGAUGAUGCACUAUCAAAAGACACAUGCUUGCUAAAGGUGUUAGACAUUGUCAUGAAGAACGUGCUAGACAAAAUCUAAAAACAAAGAGUCUAAACGUUAAGGUUUAGAGAUGCUAGUGUUUGAAGAUAACAUUGAGCUGAUUGUAUGAAUACUACACCCAAACAAGUUGCAAAACAAAACUGCAAGAAUGGGAAAGGAGAUGGGACCUAUGAGUAGCAAGAAUGAGAUAAAAAUCAAGAACGAAAAAUGAGUUUUAAGCCGUCGAGAAAAGUUCCCGGUAUGUUGGGUACUAUAAAUAAAUAUAUAAAUAACAUAUUUAUGAGAGGUCAGGACAAAGUCAUCAAAUACAGUACUUGGAGCUAAUAGCUCAGCUGAGACUAUAUGUCCCAACAUAGAGUUCGAAACCUUCCUCAAACACUCAGGGGACUACAAAUCCCAUCAUGCAUGAACAGCAAACAAUCCGUGUUCGGGCCACACUCCUCAAGUAAACUACAAAGCCCAAAGUACAGUGCGAAAAAAAAGCUGGUACCCAUAAUGCAAAGCUUCGCUAGAUUUUUGAAACAAAUUGCAAGCUGCUUUUCCAGUAGGAGGUACCGCAUAACGCAUUGGGGACUGUAGUCUUCCGGAAGGCGAGGAGCAGCCCCUCCCGACCGCCUUGUCCCGGCGACAACACGGCGCAUGCGUAGCGGCGGUAGCAGCAGCGGACCCGGCUGGCAGUUUCUUCCUCAGGAGAAGGGACCCCUCUGCCAUGGAGUCCUACGAUGUUAUCGCCAACCAGCCUGUCGUGAUCGACAACGGCUCUGGUGUGAUUAAAGCUGGUUUUGCAGGAGAUCAAAUUCCCAAGUACUGUUUCCCAAACUACGUAGGCAGACCAAAACAUGUCCGUGUCAUGGCUGGAGCCCUGGAAGGGGACAUUUUUAUUGGCCCCAAAGCAGAGGAGCAUCGUGGGCUGCUUUCCAUUCGAUACCCCAUGGAACAUGGCAUUGUGAAGGACUGGAAUGACAUGGAGCGCAUCUGGCAGUAUGUCUAUUCCAAAGACCAGCUUCAGACUUUCUCAGAAGAGCAUCCUGUACUCCUGACUGAGGCUCCCUUGAACCCACGAAAAAACCGAGAACGCGCUGCCGAAGUUUUUUUUGAGACAUUCAAUGUGCCAGCCCUCUUCAUCUCCAUGCAAGCUGUGCUUAGCCUAUAUGCAACGGGAAGGACCACAGGAGUGGUGCUGGACUCUGGAGAUGGUGUCACCCAUGCAGUGCCCAUCUAUGAGGGCUUUGCCAUGCCCCAUUCCAUCAUGCGCAUUGACAUUGCUGGCCGUGAUGUCUCCCGUUUCCUCCGUCUCUACUUGCGCAAGGAAGGCUAUGAUUUUCAUUCAUCAUCUGAGUUUGAGAUUGUCAAGACCAUCAAAGAGAGAGCCUGCUACUUGUCCAUAAACCCACAGAAAGAUGAGACUCUGGAAACAGAGAAGGCUCAGUACUACCUGCCUGAUGGAAGCACCAUUGAGAUUGGCCCUUCCCGGUUCCGUGCCCCUGAGUUGUUGUUCCGGCCAGACCUGAUUGGUGAGGAGAGUGAGGGCAUCCAUGAAGUGCUCGUUUUUGCCAUCCAGAAGUCUGAUAUGGACCUGAGGCGCACACUCUUCUCCAACAUUGUGCUUUCAGGAGGUUCCACCCUGUUCAAAGGUUUUGGUGACAGGCUGCUGAGUGAAGUGAAGAAACUGGCUCCAAAAGAUGUGAAAAUCAGGAUAUCAGCUCCUCAGGAGAGACUAUAUUCAACAUGGAUUGGGGGUUCCAUUCUGGCCUCUCUGGACACAUUUAAGAAGAUGUGGGUAUCUAAGAAGGAAUAUGAAGAAGAUGGUGCCCGAUCCAUCCACAGGAAAACCUUUUAACGUUUGGACAUCUCUUUCACCUCUUUCCGAAGUUAACUCCACUUUAAAACUCGCUUUCUUGAGUUGGAGUGUAUGAGGAGUUGCCUGUAUGUGGGUAUGUGUGGCUGUGGGUGUAGGUAUGUAUGCGUGUGUAUGUGCGUGUGCCAGUGUGGCCCGGGGAGCCUGGUGCCUGACAAAAAAGACGGUGACUUCCCCCACGAUGGAGCCUAGAACCUAAGGGUUGACCACUAACUUACUCCUGAGAGGGGAGAACACCUGGCUGGAGUGCCCCAUUACUUUGUUGGUCCUUUUUCUUUCUUUUUGGGACUAUGUUUACUGCUACUGUAGGGAGAGGAGGAGGGCAAACUGAACCACCAGAGAGGAAGGCCCUUCCACCAGCUCCCCGACACCUUCCAGGUGGCUGGAGCACAGGCCUGCCACCUUCCCUUUGCUCCUCACUCUGUUGCUGGCCACUUGAUCAUGGGGACCUGUGCAGGAACUGUUUGGUUUUCUUGGUGUCUUUGUUUGUGGAAUAAGAAGCACACUUGGAGUUGUUUCAGAAUUCCCUGGGUUAAGGGAAUGGGUGAGAGGAUAGGAAUCUUUGGGUUUACCUAUGGGGCAAGACCACAGGAGGGAAGUGGUGCAGGAUAGGGGCUUCCCUGGCUGGGAUCAGGUGCAGAUGCCUAGGCCAGCUGAGCGCAUCCCUUCCAACACCCUUGCUGCUAUUCUUCCUCUGCUCUGUAGAACCUUGUAGAAAACAGGGGACAGUUAAGGAGCCAGGGUAGGGGUGAACCUGCCUUUUGGAUCAAGUCGCAUCUGUGGCAGGUAGGCUGGAAGAGGAGGAAAACUGAAGCUGCAGCUACAGGCACAAUUAAAUGUGCUUCCUCUCUCCAUCUUUGCUUUAGUGUGGUUUAGGUGAAAUCCUAUUUGCCAUAUGGUUUUAUUUAUUAUUAAAGUGUUUGAUAUCCUCCAAGGCACUAAGAGAGCCAAGGAGGAGUUGGCAAGGGGAGAAUCGCUAGUAGCUUCCUGCUAUUUCCAGUCUCCCUCCAUACACUAAUGUUUACAGCACCUAAGCUUAGCGUAGUAGCCCAGCCCCUGGAGAGGUAGGGGACCCACUGGGUCCCACCAAGUAUUGUUAACAUUACCCUCCUGAGAUGACAGACAUGGGCACUGGGACCAGUUGGAACAGGUUUUGAGCAAAGGCAUUCCUGCCAACCUGAAUCCCUUCUCCUGCUCCCCGCUCUAUCAGCAGGCAGAUUGCUAGUGGGCUUUUCUGGUGCAUUGGGUGUCUUCACCGGAGUUCUGUAGCUUUGUCUCAGAUUAGCGUAGGGAAGGAAGAGAAGGUUCCUUACCUGCAGCCCCAGAAGGGUAGUGAUCAGGCAGAGGAGCAAAGGAACCUGGUCUCUUACUUUCAUGGCUACAUAGUGUGUGUGUACUAGGUUGGCAGACGCUCUUGGAGCCCAGAGGCCUGGCUAGCUUCAUGUUUUGCAUUGUGUCCUUAGCCUCACCCUAGGGGCCUCAGACCUAGCAGAGAAAGAAAAGCCAGAGCUGGAAAUUGGGGUCAGAGAUUGAGAGGAUAUAGUCUGGGCCCCUGACCUGCUGCUGACUACCCAGGAGAACUGGAAGAGGGAUCUGACUACUACUAGAAUUGGCACUGCCUCACUCAAAGCUAGGCCUUCAAGCAGGGGCUCCAGGCAGCAGAAGCGUUCUUCUCAAGCCUGAGGAAGGGAAGGCAGUGCCCUGUCCCCUGUCCAGUGGGAUGGUUUUACCUCCUGCUACGGGCCAGUUUCAGUUGAAGCGUCUGGCUUGUGCCACCCCUCCCCGAACAGUGGCCUAUAACCUAGGAGCCCUUCGGUGCCUAUUUGCCUUCAUUGAUACUCGUCGUGAAUAAUCAUGUGGCCCUCCCUUGAUGUGCAGCAGGCCCCUGCCUGUCCCAUUUCUAAAUUCCAAAGAUGCCAGUUAGUGUCCUCUCCCCCCAACUCCACCGUGACCAAAGGCCCCAGCCAAUGGGGGGCCAGGUGUGCGUGAAAGCAAUGUGGCAACCAAAGUGCAGUGUGCUUCCUUCCACCUUCCUUCUCAGCCCAAGCCUGUCCCUUGCACAGCCUGACUCCAAACCACGUUGCCUGGUGGUGCCCAGUGUACUUAAAUAAAGUUGUUCCAUAGAUA